AUGUCCCCCGCCCCCCGUCCUUCUCGCUGCUCCUGUCUAUCGCUGCGUGAUCUUAAGCCUCGUCUUUGUCCGCACGUCCCACCUUUCUCUUUCUCUCUCCGUCAUCCGCGUUUCCCUGACGUACCCUCCUCUGCGCUGUCGUCGUUUCUGUACCUUGCAGCCUCCACCCCUCACCACCCCUCACCAGCUCUCACCACCGCUCACUGCCUGUCUCACUUUCAGUCCAUCUUAGCACCUCUCACUCUCUCUCGCGCGCUCGCUCUCAUCCCGCUCCGCCAAUCACCCCUGCGCGCCAGGUUUUUCUGCGCCUACGCCGCGCGCCAAGGGGCGGUUGUGUCUCUCGAAGGCUUCGCCUCCUCUACUGGCGUGCGCAAGCGGCGAGUGUACGACAUAGUGAACGUGUUGGAGAGCAUUCGCGUGGUGCAGCGGCAGGGCAAGAACGAGUACGUCUGGCUCGGCGCAUCCGUCCUCCCCCAGGCCAUCGCCAACCUCAAGGCGCAGGCGCUGGCGUCUCUGCAAGGCGCACAUGCGCCCGCAACUCUUCCGCCAGCGGCUUUCCCUCCUGCUGCUUUCCCCCCGGCGGCGUUUCCACCUUCCGCGUUCCCCCCUGCCGCGUUCCCCCCCGCGGCGUUCUCCCCCGCGGCAUUCCCCCCCGCGGCGUACCCCCCUUCGUCCCCUGCUGCCUCCGCGGGGGCCAUGCUUCCCCCGGCCGCAGCGCUGUGCACGCCCACGCGGAAUGGCCGCGCAUGCAGCCCGCUGCCCAGCCAUCUCAAGCACGAGGACUCGCUGCCCGCGUCUCCCCUCUCCUCGCCGGCAGGAGCGGGGCGGAGCGACAAGUCCCUGCGCUCGCUCACACACCGCUUCGUGCAGCUCUUCCUGCUCCACGAGACGCGGCUGCUGUCGUGGGACCAUGCGGUGGAGACGUUGCUGCAGGUGUCCUGCGACACACACAACCUGCAGACCAAGGCGAGGCGGUUGUACGACAUAGCCAACAUCCUGGCGGCCAUCUGCCUGGUGGAGAAGCUGCCAGCAGCGGCGCCCAGCAACAGCCCCUCCGCGCGCCCCACGUACCGCUGGCUCGGCACGCCCGGCGUCGCGCACUGCCUGCACACCAUCGCACAAGGUGGGCCGCUCGCACUAGGGGGAGGGCGGGCGCUCGCGCUGGGGGGAGGGCGGGCGCUCGCACUGGGGGGAGGGCGGGCGCUCGCGCUGGGGGGAGGGCGGGCGCUCGCGCUGGGGGGAGGGCGGGCGCUCGCGCUGGAGGGAGGGCGGGCGCUCGCGCUGGGGGGAGGGCGGGCGCUCGCGCUGGAGGGAGGGCGGGCGCGUGCGCUGGAGGGAGGGUGCUUGGAAGCGGGGGGGUGGGUGGGACUGGGUGGUUUGGGUUAG